CAGCACCAUAACAAUUGAACAAUCAAUCAACCAUUUUGAGUCAAAACAAAUGUCAGUUAUCGCUGAAGCUCCAGAUUUCCUGCAAGUAUUCUCCGAUGGAACAGUUAAGCGUUUUUCUCCAGAAAUCGCCAUAGCCUCACCAGAAUCCUCUGAAAGUUACAAAUCAAAAGACAUAGUAAUUGAUUCAUCCAAACCAAUAACUGGGCGAAUCUUCCUUCCUAACACACCAACAAUAAACACUUCAACUCAUAAGCUUCCUGUAGUGGUUUACUUCCAUGGUGGUGGGUUUUGUAUUGGGUCAACAACAUGGCUUAACUACCAUAUUUUUCUUGGUGACUUAGCUUCACUUACAGGAGCAAUUGUGUUGUCUAUUGACUAUCGCCUUGCCCCAGAAUAUCCUCUGCCAAUAGCCUACUCAGACGGAUGUAGCUCUCUUGAGUGGCUAAUAAAGAGCUGCUACACCGAGCCAUGGCUCCAACGCGCUGACCUUUCGCGUGUUUUUCUAUCAGGGGAUAGUGCUGGAGGGAAUAUUGCUCACAACAUCACCAUGAAAGUUGCUCAUAUAAGUGAAGAACAUGACUUUUCUGGGAUUAAAAUUGAAGGGAUAUUACUUAUACACCCUUAUUUCGGUAGUGAGGAGAGAACUCCUCAGGAAAUGAUAGAUGAGAGUGGUGUAGAAGUGCAAAUGAAUGAUAUGUUUUGGAAGCUAAGUAUACCUCAAGGAUCAAAUCGGGAUUAUUUUGGGUGUAAUUUUGAAAAGGUUGGAUUUAAAGAUAAAGAAUGGGAUGUGUUUCCGAGGGUGGUGGUUUAUGUGGCCGGGCUAGAUUUUUUGAAAGAAAGAGGAGUUAUGUAUGUGGAAUAUCUUAAAACAAAAGGGGUUAGAGAUGUGAAGUUGAUUGAAGCCAAAGAUCAAGGUCAUAUAUAUCAUGUCUAUCAUCCUAACUCAGAAUCCACACUUUUGCUUCAACAUCAAAUGAAAGAGUUUAUUUAUAACUUUUAAUUGCUCAAUUUUUACAAAUCUCAUUAUUAUCAAGAAAAGUAAAAUGUCUUAAGAAAUUUGAAGUGGUCAUACUAAUUUGUUAUGUUUCACAAAUUACAUGUGAGCUUAUGUUAUGUCUUUCAUAUGCCGAUAUAGUAAUUGUAAUAAUGUUUCUUGUACGUAAGAUUAAUAAAGUAAACUAGUAUUUGAGUUGUUAAA